AUGUUAGACGAGAAUCUCCCCACUUUCUUUCUCAAGGCCUCGACCGACAAGCUCAAGCACCACGAAUCAUUCUAUUUCACCCAGAACGGCUCCGAGCCCGAAGCCCAGUAUGCCCUCCACCACGUCGACCCAACCUCCAACGAUGCGAAGAACACAUACGCCGUAGCCUUGUUCGACUCGCGCAACCCCGACGUUCUAUAUGGCGAAGUGCUGGCGAAGCCUGGAUGGUCGCAUCCAACACUCUCGCAGGAGGAGAUUCGCAAGAAUGGUGGCGUGCCACCCCCACCCCAGCCCAUCUACCCCACCGAAUUCGCCAUCCAGAUGUACAACCCCGACUCACGCGUUGUUGUUAAGCACUCGACGGCGAAAUGGAGCAGCACCGUGAGCUGGGAGUUCAGCAUUCCGCAGGUUACCUUUAGGACGCCUAGCAAUUCCGCCCUCGACCGCACCAUGACGGAUCCGGGUGCCGAUGUGAACACACCCAGGGUCAACUUUGCGUGGCGGAAGGAGGGAAGACUGGGCAAGGAUAUGACUUGCUACAUGACAGGCAAAUCGACCGACCCUACCGGCAAGAAGGUCAAGAAGAGUAAGGAGCCCGACAUUGCCGUCGCUCUCUUCUCUGGCCUGAAGGAGUUGACCAUUAUGGAGUCAAAUCUCUACCGCGUUGAGAUUGAAGACUACAAGGGCUUGGAGGUGGCGUUGCUCAUUGGAGCCGCUGUGAUACGCGAUCUGUUCUUCAGCGACCUCAAUGAACAAUUUCACAUCAACGCCAACAUCCGGAAGAACAGCGCGCCACUGCGAGCGAGGAAGGGGUCGUCGCCACUAGAAGGCCCGAACAUUACAGCACCGGUCAUGACACCCCAGCCUCCGCCCCCACCAGCAUACACCCCUUCGUCAUCGCAGUACCCACCCGAGAAGGUCCCGCUCCAGCCUGCAGCAGGUGCUGGUGUGAACGCACAGCCACCUCCGCCCUCGUAUACCAGCAACAACAAUACCGCCAAGCGUUCCUCAUUACCUCCGCUAGCCACAAACCAAGGUCGCUCGAAUCAGCCUCCUCCCCAACAACAGCGACCCCUCCAGCCGCAACGACCUGUCCAACAACAGCGGCCCGCCCAGCCACAGCGCCCAACACAACAACGCCAAGAAGGUCCGAGGCUAGAUCCCCGAGCACAAUGGGAGAUCGAUGCCGAGACCGCGCGAUUGAAGGCGCAAGUGGAGGCCGAGGCACGCGAGCAGAAGCGCCAAGCUGAAGCUGCUCGUAAAGCUCGGCGCAGGCAGGAAGAGGAGGAAGAAAGGAAGACAAUACAAUUCCUUGAGCAGGAACGCAAGCAGAAGGAACGCGAAGAGAAGGAGCGACGGAGGAAGCAGGCUGAGAUUGACAAGGAGACCGAACGCCUCAAGAAGCAGUUCGGAGACCAGUCCAACCUACUCCGCCCGUCGCCACAGCCUCAGCGACACUCCGCACCACUCGUACAAGGCGGAUGGCAAAACCAGCGACCCAGCCCAGUGCCUCGUCCCGCCCCUGUCCCCACGCAGCCUCCACGCAUGCAGCAAACACCGGGUAUAUAUCUACAGACGCCUGUCCAACAUCGCCCUGCAGCAAGUCAAAGCAGUUUCUUCAGCAAUGGUCUCCCGAAGCCUGUGGCAAAGGCAAAGAAGAGCUUCUGGGGUCUGAGAACACAGAGCGAGAGUAAUGCCGAGAAGCUGAAGAAGAAGAAAAGCAGCAUGUUUUGA